AAUUCGUCCAGCGAAAAAGCACGACGUGGCUUCAACUUGCGCAUCUGGUUUACAAUCGCGUCCUGCUAGUCUAUCCCACACCGUCGUACUCAACUUAAAGUCGACCUCCAUCGCGACAAUCCUCCUCCCCCCUCCUUCUACCCUUAUCAGUUUGUUCGACUGUGUUACUUUCUUCCCUCAUAGAAAGUUCGAUCUCCACUUGCAACCUCGAGUGGCCGCAGCGAAAACAGUAGUCAACGCUUCUGCGGAUGAGCAAACCUGACAAAUUUCCUCAAUUUUCAUCAACCGACCUCAACCAUGGAUGGGCCUGAGCCUGAGUCGACUCCAUUUGAUGCCAUUACCACCCAGAGCAACAAAAUUGCCAGACAAUAUCAGACGUACCUCGACAAGUCAACGCCUUACACUGCCUACAGAUGGGCAGCUACUGGCACCCUCCUUUUCCUCUUUUUCCUAAGAAUCAUUUUCGCACAAGGCUGGUACAUUGUGGCGUAUUGCUUGGGUAUCUACCUGCUCAACCUCUUCCUCGCCUUUCUACAACCAAAGUUCGACCCUAGCUUAACUCAAGACGAAGGCUUGGAAGAUGGGGAAUCGGCUUUGCCCACCAAGCAGGACGACGAAUUUCGUCCAUUCAUCCGCAGGCUCCCAGAAUUCAAAUUCUGGCAUACCGCCACCAGGGCUGUGGCCAUCAGCUUUGUGUGUAGCUGGUUUGAAAUCUUCAACUUGCCAGUAUUCUGGCCAGUCCUUGUCAUGUACUGGUUGAUCUUGUUCGCUCUGACGAUGAGGCGCCAGAUCCAACAUAUGAUCAAAUAUCGAUACAUCCCCUUUUCGAUGGGCAAGGCCAAAUACUCGGGAAACAAAUCAUGAUAAUUUGACGUCACUUUGACUUCAUUCGGACAUGGGUUUGUCCAGCUAUGUGUCCGGCGGAGACCAGAAGACAUUGUGACACAAACGGGCAUGUCAUUUACGAAGGUGGGAUCCCUCCUUGUAUCAUGAUCCCGGAUUCCUAGUCUGGGCAUGUCGGACAGCGAUACUUGUAAUGAAUAGAUUUGAAUGAUUCCGCGCCUUACACCACCUUAUACACAUUCUCAGCAAGCUCAAAACACGGGACGACGAGUUGCUAGCCUGGCAAAUGUAUCUGACUGAACAGCGUAUCUCGUCAUCCAUCUUGUCCUGGGCAUGACGACUAUGAAUCAUCAUUGCCGCGUGGUCACCCUGCCUUCACCACAACCCCAUGAGUGCAUUGUUCUCCUCAGUAUCCAAAUUCAACCAAAAGGAGCGAAGACGUUCUUGAACGACGGAAACGAAGCAUCUAUCGGCG